UAAGGAUCUGCAAGGCGUCAUGGCCAUUGGCUUGCUGUCUUAAGUAUUCGCUGAAUUGUAGUUUCACACGCAGUCACGCGCCAAAAGCUACACUGGAAAUUAAUAAGCAACACAUGGACCAUGUAACCUUGCACUAGUCGAAUUCAUAUUUGAUAUUGCGUCUACAUCUUCUUAAUUUUCACACAAAACCCUCAAACACAAAGCUGAUAGCAAGCAACCAUGGGGGGCAGGAGCAAGAGGCAUGGCCUCUUUGGCAAUAGCAAUUGCAGAUACCUGCUCAUAACUAGUUGUCUCAUCCAUGUUGUUUAUGUCCUUCCUAUCUGCAAGGCACAGUCCACCGAUGAGCAAGCACUGCUUGCAUUCAAAGCUGCCAUCGCCGGCGACCCCAGUGGGGUGCUUGCUGCAUGGACGCCUACUAGCAGCAGCAUGAACGCCACGGACAACAUCUGCCGGUGGAGGGGUGUGUCAUGCAGCUCCCAACGGCACCCUGGCCGUGUCACGGCGCUGAAGCUUAUGUCAUCCAACCUGACAGGUGUGAUCAGCCCCAGAGUCGCCAAUCUGUCCUUCCUCCGCAACCUCAACCUCUCUCUCAACCGCCUCUCCGGCAGCAUCCCCUCGGAGCUUGGCCUGCUGCGUCGCCUCCAGGUCAUCAGCCUCGGUGGGAAUUCUCUCACUGGCGAGAUACCCGCCUCCCUCACCAACUGUGCUCGUCUAACCCAUUUGGAGUUACAACGGAAUGGAUUGCAUGGUGAGAUCCCAGUGAACUUCAGCUACUGCCGGGAGAUCCAGGCGUUCAGCGUCAGUCUGAACAGCCUGUCCGGUGGCGUUCCACCAUCGUUUGGGUCACUGCCAAAGCUCAAGUUCUUGAGCCUUCGCCGGUGCAACCUCACCGGCGGUAUCCCGCCGUCACUGGGUAACCUCUCAUCGCUCUUGGCAUUUGACGUCAGUGAGAAUUAUAACCUGGGUGGUGACAUACCCGAUAUUCUAGGGAGACUCACCAAGCUCAACUAUCUGAUGCUAGCUUCUGCUGGCCUCGGAGGCACAAUCCCAGCCUCGCUGUUUAACAUAUCAUCGCUUUGGACACUUGACUUGGGAAACAAUGAUCUAUCUGGUGUGCUGCCUCCUGACGUUGGUGUAACCCUGCCGCGAAUUCAAUUCCUUUCUCUGUACAACUGCGGGCUCCAAGGGCGCAUCCCGUCAUCGAUAGGCAACGCAACGGGACUCCGUUCGAUCCAACUCCAUAGCAGCAGUCUGCAGGGGACAGUGCCUCCUGACAUUGGCCAGCUGAAGGAACUUGAGGUGCUGAACCUGGAAUUCAACCAGCUUGAGGACAAGUGGAACAAGGACUGGGCUCUGAUGGCUGCACUAGGCAAUUGCAGUAGGCUGCUUAAAUUAAGCCUUUCUAGUAACAGGUUUCAAGGUGUGCUCCCUCCUUCUCUUGUCAACCUCACCAUUGGGAUACAAGAGAUCUAUAUGAAUGCAAACAGGAUAAGUGGCGUGAUCCCGCCAGAGCUUGCCAAGUUGAGCAAUCUCCGUGUUCUUGUGCUUGCUAAUAAUGCCCUGACUGGCACCAUCCCGGGCACCAUUGGUGGUCUUCGCAGCAUGACUGGGCUAGAUGUCUCUGGCAACAACAUAUCCGGUGAGAUCCCACCUAUGCUUGUGGCAAACCUUACUCAGCUCGCUUUCCUGGAUCUGUCACAGAACGACCUGCAAGGAAGCAUACCUGAGAGCUUUGGGACCAUGAGCAAUAUUGCAAUCCUGGACCUGUCUUACAAUCAGUUCAGCGGCUUGAUACCGAAACAGGUUUUCAGUCUCUCCUCGAUAACCAUAUUCCUCAACUUGUCUCACAACGUUUUCUCAGGUCCAAUCCCUUCCGAAAUAGGUAGAUUGAGCAGCCUUGGGGUGCUGGACUUGUCGAACAACAGGCUUUCUGGAGAGAUAACACAGGCACUCUCCCAGUGCCAAGGGAUGGAGUACUUGUUUCUGCAGGGAAACCAACUUGAUGGGAGGAUCCCGCAAUCACUCAACUCUUUGAAAGGGCUUCAAUACCUGGACAUGUCACAGAAUAACUUGUCCGGUCCAAUUCCAGAUUUCUUAUCGACACUGCAGUACUUGCGUUACCUGAAUCUAUCUUACAACCAGUUUGAUGGACCGGUGCCAACAAGAGGAGUGUUCAAUGAUUCCAGAAUUUUUUCUGUUUCUGGGAAUAAAGUUUGUGGUGGUGUUUCAGAGUUGCAGCUACCGAAAUGUCCUGGCACUGAUCACUCCAGUAAGAGACACAAAUCAAGAACUGUAUUGAUCGUGACUAUUGCCAUUGGAUCUUCCUUGGCUCUAGUCCUCAUCACUUGCACUUUUGUGAUGUGUGCUCGGAAGUCAGUAAAACAGCAGCAUGUGCAGAGUAACAAGACAUCUGUGCCAAUACUGAUGGAGCAGCAUUGGAAAUUAUCCUAUGCUGAACUGAACAGGGCUACUGAUGGGUUCUCUGCAGCUAAUCUCAUUGGUGUCGGAAGCUUUGGCUCAGUUUACAAAGGAACACUAGUCGACCAAGAGCAGGAAGUCGCAGUAAAAGUGCUGAACCUUCUGCAGCCUGGAGCUGAGCGGAGUUUCCUAGCUGAAUGCGAAGCACUGAGAAGCGUUCGACACCGCAAUCUUGUAAAGGUCGUCACAGCCUGUUCGAGUGUGGAUCACAGUGGAAAUGAUUUCAAAGCUUUGGUCUAUGAGUUCAUGCCUAACAGAGACCUGGACAAAUGGUUACAUCCAACCAUUGGGGAAAGUGAGAGUUCAUCUCGUACGCUAACCAUGGCUGAAAGAGUGAGCAUUGCACUCGAUGUCGUUGAGGCUCUUGACUAUCUUCACCACCAUGGCCAAAUACCCAUUGUUCACUGUGACCUGAAGCCGAGCAAUAUCCUUCUCGAUAAGGACAUGGUUGCCCAUGUAGGGGACUUCGGGCUGUCACGGUUUGUUAAGGGAGCAAACAGCAGCUCGUUUCAACAUACGAGUAAUACAGCUGGGAUCAAAGGCACUAUUGGAUACAUUCCUCCAGAGUACGGAAUGAGUAGUGAAAUUUCUGUGGAAGGCGAUGUGUACAGCUACGGAGUUCUCCUGCUGGAGAUGUUCACGGCGAAGAGGCCAUCAGCCGCCUCGUUUCAGGGAGGCCAAAGCCUUCGCAGCUAUGUCGCAGGUGCUUGCCCUGAGAGAGUCAUGGAAGUCGCUGAUCUAGCUCUGUCGCAGCACGAAGAGAACUUGGAUGAGGCGAGGCUGGAGGAGUGUCUCUUGUCGGUUUUCCGAGUCGCACUGCAUUGCACGGAGGAAUCACCGAGAGCAAGGAUGCUCACCAGGGAUGUCAUCAGAGAGCUAACUGCUGCGAGGGAUGUUUAUCAUGAGUAGCUAGCUCUGCAUGUACACUGUCCUGUCCAUGCUCUGGGUCUACAAACUAUGGUAUCAGCAUGUUACUGCUGUAGUUGUUAUUUGUACAUGGUUGUUUUGGUUGCUGUGCAUCAGGAGGCAAUGCCUGAUGAUGAAAAGCAUAACCUGAACCGAAAAGUAGCAUAGGCACCAUAAAGGAAUCAACAAUUCUUGAUCUGGAUGAGUACAAUGUGAACAAUUAUAUUGUUUAGUUUGAUGAGUGACCUUCUGUAAAAGUGGGGCUUGUAAUCUAAUAAAAUUGUACUUAGAAGACCA